AUGACAGCCCUGCGAUCCCCAUCAAUAACAAUCUACGCGCUUCUGCUUCUCGUACUAAGCAUCUCAGGAACGGCAGAUCAAGAGCCGAGAUUCCGCUCACAAAAAUACGCCAAAGGCUUUGACGGGCCAUAUCCACUGCAACGGUAUCGCUCUGCUGAUGUAUCAGGCCCGAUAUUAAACUAUUGGCGACGCAGUGUGGCGUGUCAAGAUGGGUUGUAUACUAUUCUGGCGCCGCGGGGUGAUUCAGUGCGGCAGUCUGGCCCGAUGAUUGUGGAUGACCAGGGGCAUUUGGUUUGGUUUAAACGGUACAAGAGCACGUAUAAUGCGAAUGUGUACAUGUACAAGGGGGAGCGGUAUUUGACGUUUUGGGCGGGCGAUGAUUCGGUUAGAGGGCAUGGGGAGGGGUCGUACUAUAUGCUAAACUCACACUACGAGGAAGUAUACAACAUCCACGGUGCAAAUGGCAUGCAUGGAGACCUCCACGAAUUCCAAAUCACCCGCGACAACACGGCCCUCUUCGCCGUCUACAAAAGCCUCCCAGCAGACCUCCGCGAAAUCGGUGGGCCAAAGAAUGGCUGGAUCUAUGACGGCCUAUUCCAAGAAGUCGACAUCGAAACCAACGAACUCCUCUUCCAAUGGCGCGCAUCAGAGCACUUCAACCUCCAAGAAUCCGAACGUGAUCGCGAGGAGAGCGAUGGCGAUACCGAAGAUAAUCCAUGGGAUUUCUUCCAUAUUAACAGCAUCGACAAAGACUGGCGGGGGAAUUACCUCGUUUCAUCACGAUACAUGAGUUCCCUGGCAUACAUCGACGGUCGAACAGGUGAUGUUCUCUGGAAAUUAGGCGGGAAGCAAAAUUCCUUCCUGGAUAUGAGUGACGGGGUAGCAACGAAUAUCAGCUGGCAACACCAUGCGCGGUUCCAAAUUAAACACGAUACGAAUACCACGCGACGAUUAUCCCUCUUCGACAAUUCUUCUCGUGGCGAAGGGGCACCCGAAAAUACAAGUCGAGGGCUAAUCGUCAAAAUCAACGAGGAAACAAUGACAGUCACGCUGGUCCAAGAAUAUUGGAACCAAGUCCCCAUCAGCAGUCAAUCACAAGGAUCAAUGCAGAUCCUCGAGAAUGGGAACGUGGUCCUCGGGUAUGGGUACAGCGCUGCAUGGACGGAAUUCACCGCGGACGGCGAGACACUCUGCGAAGUCCAUUUCGGACCACAGACUCAGUUCCAUCGUGGACAGGUUCUCUCGUAUCGCGUUUUCAAGCAGAAAUGGGUUGGUUUACCCUUGACGAAGCCUUCUGUUGCUUUGUCAGGCAGUGAAGCGGCGGUUAGUUGGAAUGGAGCUACUGAAGUUGUUACUUGGGUUUUGCAGGGGGCUUUGCCUAGAGGGGAGGAGAGCGGUGAUGACAGCGUUAAUGCUGUUCGAGAGUUUCAGAAUAGCGAGAAGAUUGGUCUUGAAUUUGAGUUCAUCUCUGCCAUUCCCAAGUCAGGAUUCGAGACGAUCAUCCCCAUACCAGCCGGUACAGUGUAUGCCAAGUUGCGGAUCAUCGCCCUUGACAAGAAGGGUAUCACUCUGGGUGUGACGGAAGCGUUGGAUUGGGAACCAGAGGAAAUGAACAACGAGGUUGCAGUGUACAGUGGCGAGGAGAAGGAUGAUGAAGAAGGUGGAGACACUGGGGAAGUAUGGUCUGCUUCGGCAAUCGGGAUCGGAUUGAUCACCGUGGCUAUACUCGGUUUCUCUGUUUGGCUUGUGUGCAAGAUUGCAUAUAGUCGCUCCUUAAAAAAUCUUUUUACACGUGAGAAGGAUGAGCAUACCUGGCAACGGGUAUCUACGGGGGAGGAAUUGGAUGAAUUGGACGGUUUCAGUGAUGUAGAGUCUAGGGACCAUGCAAGUGACUCUUUACUGAAACAACCUGGAGAAUGA